CGUCGACCAAUCGUUGGAAGCAAUGGAGGCGUACCAUUCAGUGAGGAAGGUGAUUCUUGCGACUGAUGUUGCCGAGUCUUCAAUUACAAUACCGGGAGCAUCGUUCGUCAUCGACUCAUGCCGCUGCCUAGAAGUGUUUUGGAACUCGAAAAUGAAGAGAGACGCUCCCCGGAUUGUCUGGGAGUCGAGCUCACAGGCCGAACAACGUAAGGGGCGCACAGGGCGUACCUGCGAUGGUACUGUCUUUCGCAUGGUGCCGCGAACAAUGUACAUGACAUUCAACAAGUUUGAGGUUCCCGCAAUGCAGCUCUUGUCUCUACGAAAGCAAGUACUGUCACUGUUUGUGCUGAACCACGAGCUUUGAAUGAUGCUUUGGGUACGUCUCUUCGUUUUGUGAAUCGGAAAUUUUGUGUUUUGUUUUUCCAGCAUUCUUCGAUAAAUGCCUGAAUCCACCGCAUCCAGACACUGUUUAUGAUGCUUUGGAGUCACUUGAAGCACUGAACGCUCUACAGCCCGAUGCUGGAGGGAAGAAGUUGCCGACCCCAUACGGACGAAUACUUGCGUCUCUUCCACUAUCUUUGGAGGCUUCUAUGCUUCUCAUGGAGGGCUGAGAACGAGAAGAUAUCACAGCACACUCAUUCAGGUACCCGAUUCUAGACACUACGCCGAGUCCGAUUAUCCUGCCUCUCGGAGCCAGCGCUACAGCACACUAUUCUUUUCAGUACUUCCAGGAAUCACAAAAUGGUGUAAAGGCAAUCUCGUCAAGCCGCUCUUCUUGGCAACCUCUGCGCGUUUGAAUUCUGGCAGUGCGUCUUGAAGCUAUCCCACGAAUUUUUAUCCUCAACUAUCGUCACCAUUCAUGGAGAGGAGUCGGAGAAGGAAUUCUGCAAACAGCAUCACCUUUCUUUGUUUUCACUCAGCGCUGUCGCUGAGCUCUCUAGUUGCCUGCUAGAAGUUAUGCAUCGGUCUUAUUAUACGGCUUUCUCCUUCCAGCACCUCUGCUUUCGUAGCCAAGACGACGAGUCGUGCCUGGGACUUCCGUAUGUUUCAAAUGGGAGCUUCCACAAUGAGAAUAACCAGUCAGAUUUGCUGAAGAUCAUUGUGGAGACUCAAGCAAGAUACUUAGAACCGCAGAGUAAUUACGAGUCGAUCCAUUUUCCUAAAGAAGAGGACGGGGAAGUGCAGUGCGUGUACUUCCGUAGAGGCUUUUGCGCUAAAGGAAACGGCUGUGAGUUCUCACACUCAGCAGUAUGCAAGUUUUUCUUGUCCGGGGAUGGAUGUCGCUAUGGUGCUCAUUGUCGAUAUAAGCACGACUCGGAUGUUCCACGCUGGGACAAUCGUCUUGAGCUUGACGAAGACGUAGCUCAGUUUCCUACGGUGCUGUGUUCUUCCACUCGAAACUCGGAGGGCACCAUGCUAGUUUUUGGAAGGGAGGCACUGUCUUAUAUCCAUCAGCUGCAAGAUCUUGCUACUGCAUCUUGCAACGACGAUUCUCAGCUAGAAGCAGAGAAGUAUGAUCGAUCGUCUCUCCACCGUGAUCCUGGACUUGCCUUGGAGAAUCCAGAUCCUUCGGGGUUCUUCCCUCGCCGGGAUGCCGAGGAAUUCGCGGAGAUUUCCAACCUGUUCUCCCAAUGCGUUGAUCAGGGCUCUUUGGAUAUUGCGGUGUUCUUAUUUUUCCUUCCAGCCAAGUAUCGCCACGCCAAGAUCGUUGGUGGAUCCCAGCGAGGUAGGAUGCAGAUACCUUCUUCCUGCUACUUUCUAGGAUUUGGACUUGGCCUCGCGAGGCGUGAGCUGCAUUGGGAUUUCGAUCAAAAUUUUGACAAACAUCGUUCUAGCGGAAGUUUCUAGAGUUCCUCCUCCAUUUCCUCGAGUUCUUCCUCGGCCUCAGCGCCGGCAGGGCGUUCCUCGACUUCGACCUCGGCCUCGGCAGCAGCGGCAAAGGCAGCAGCAGCUGCACGAUCACCACGGGUCACAAAUGGCCCAAGAAGGGUAGGAGGACGAUCCACAAGUCCCUCAGCAGCAGAGACCAAGAACACAUCUCGCGUGAGACUGUAGCUCAGUGGAUUCUUGAACUGCUCAUAAGUGUAUGUUGCCUUGUAUUUGAGCAUUCCAAGCUCGGUGAUAUUUGUGAAACAAAUGACAA